GCGCGGAGCCGGCGCAGGCAGCUCGCCAUGGCUGACCCGAGCCACAUCCAGUCGGCCGCUUCCAAGAGCAUCCGUCCCUUCCGCUCCAGCGAGGAGUACCUGGAGGCCAUGAAGGAGGACCUGGCCGAGUGGUUCAACACCCUCUACGAUCUGGAUAUCCAGGUGGACACCUUCCUGGAGAGCCUGGAGACGGGCUGUCACCUCUGCCGACACGCCAACAACGUCAACCGCACCGCCCUGGACUUCCAGCAGCGGCACCCCGAGGUGGCCGCCCGUAUGCGCGUCCCCCAGAACGAGGUCGUCUUCCAAGCCAAGAACGUGGUGCCCGGUUCCUUCAUCGCCCGGGAUAACGUCUCCAACUUCAUCCAGUGGUGCCGGCAGGACCUCGGCAUCCAGGACGUCCUCAUGUUCGAGACCAAUGACUUGGUGCUGAAGAAGAACGAGAAGAACUUUGUCCUCUGCUUGCUGGAGGUGGCCAGGAGGGGCUCCAAGUUUGGCAUGCUGGCCCCCAUGCUGAUCCAGAUGGAGGAGGAGAUCGAGGAGGAGAUGAGGGACCAAAUGGCCUACGGCGUGCUGGGCACGCGCCAGGAGAGCCGGGACCCCCAGGCGCCCGCCUACCCCAGCAGGGCCCGGCCCAUCACCCUCUGCGACCUGAGGAACCUGGAUGAGCUGGUGCGGGAGAUCCUGGGCUGCUGCUCCUGCCCCUCCCAGUUCCCCAUGGUCAAGGUCUCCGAGGGUAAAUACAAAGUGGGCGACUCCAGCACGCUCAUCUUCGUCCGAGUACUGAGGAGCCACGUGAUGGUGCGCGUCGGCGGCGGCUGGGACACACUGGAACAUUACCUGGACAAGCACGACCCGUGCCGCUGCUCCUCCCUCUCUCACCGCCUGCCCCAGCCCCGCGCCUCAGGCUUCUCCCCGCAAAAACCAGCUCCCGGCAGCUUCUCCCCCGCUCCCCGCGCCCCCAGCCCCAGCACCCCCCGUCGCCCCCGUGCAGCCGGCCCCCCCUCGGGCGGGGGGGACAGCAGCCACGGCAGGACGGAGCGGGGCAGCCACCAGCUGAAGGGUGGUGGGGACACGAGCAUCCCGAAGCCAUCGUCCGGUGCCAAGCAGGAGACUUUACCCCCACGGGGGGCCCGUCCCCCCUGCCCGGCUCUGCCAGCCCUUCGAGGAGCCCCGCUGAGCCGCGGGCAGGCGGCACGCUCAGGCCCCGCGACCCCGCUCCCACCCGUGCCCGCCGCUGCUCGGGCGACAGCGACUCCUCGGCCUCCUCUGUGCAGAGCGGCCCCCCGGGUCUGCGGGAUGGGGGCACCCCCCGCCGCCGAGAGCCCAGCCGGGGGGCCCCCCGCAGCCUCCCUGCGAUGCCGGACCCUCCCCGGGCGGACGAACGGCUCCGGAAGAGCGCGGUCGCUCACGGGUACCCAACGGGCCUGGCCGUACCCCGCCGCGUGCCCGCAGCCAUGGCCGCCCCGGCCCCCAGCCCCUGCUCCUCAUCAGCCGCCGGCGGGACGGGCAGCACUCCUGGGCGCGGGCAGAGACCCCCUCCCGGCCCGGCAGCCCUACCCCCCUGCGCCCACCCCACGCCGCUCCUCCCUGGAGGAGGGUGUCGGGGGAAGGCGGGUGGGGGUGCUGGGGGAGGCCCCCCAUGGCGGCGGGGCCGGGGAGGCCUUGCAACGGGAGCUGGAGGAGCUGGUGCGGCGGCUGCGGGCCCCGCUGUGGCUGGAGCCCGGCCAAGAGCAGCAGCUCUUCCGCCGGCUGGAGGAGGAGUUCCUGGCCAACACGCGGAUGAUGGAGGAGCUGGAGGAUGGGGAGAACCCCCCCGCGCCCCUGCCGCCCCCCAGCACCGCCGCCGACUCGGCCUACUGCUCCUCCAGCUCCUCCUCGUCCUCCCUCAACGUCUUCGGCAAGCACGGCCUCCCCGCCGAGGACAGCCGGCGGAGCGGGAACGGGGUCGGCCCCCCGCUGCCGGCGGCCCCCGAAAUGGCGGAUGCGGGGCGCCGGCCGGCCCUCUCCAGCUCCUCCGAUGAAAGCAGCUGCUUCCCGGCCUCCUGGGACACCCGGGAGAUGCGGGGCGGCCCCGAGUCCGACACCGACUGGGCGCUGGGGGAGGAUGAGCUGACCGAGACAGAGGAGACCCCCGCCAUGGCGGACGGCCGCCCGGCAGUGCCAGGGGUCCCCGAGCCGGUGCCUUCCCUCCCCGCGCCGCCCCCGCGCCCCUGGGCCAAGCCCCGGCUGGACACGCAGCCCCACAAGAAGCCCUCCAGGAUCCCCACCCCGCGGGGCUAUGGGGCGGCCCCCCGGCCCCUCGCCGGCAGCCCCAAGCCCGGGGAGCGCAAGCCCUGGGGGGCUCUGCAGAACGUCCUCUCCUCCUUCCUGGAGCCCGCCUGGGUCCCGCGGGAGUGCGAGGGGCUGGAUGAGGACGCCUGGCCAUGAGACACCCGGCUCGGUGGCCGUGGGUGGCAGGCAGGGUGGGGAGAAGCCCCCCCAGCACCCCCCGGCCACCCCUGGGGACAUCAGGGAUCUGCUGCUGGUGAUGGCACCUGCUUGGAGGGGCCCUGGCCAGGCGAUGGCCACGGACCCGGGGUGGCCGGGGAGCCGGGACUCCUUCACUUGGUGACUGUUGGCAGUUGGGGUUGGGCCCUGCAAGGAGCCCCCGGCCCCAGCCCGGUGGAAAGGGCCCUGGACGCGCCCCGGUCCCAUGGGGAGCAGCUCACGGGGGGUGGCCA